UCUUUUAUGUUAAAUUUAUUUUUAUUUUAUUUUUGUGUAUUUAGUAGGAGCAAGGUGCUUCAAAGCUAAUCCAGAAAGAAGAAUUUUUUCUAUUCUUCUUUUCUCUCUUCAAAUUUUUUGCUUUCAACUCACUUCUUUUUAGAAAAAACAGAACAACAAAGAUUUAUAUUAGAUGGAACAGGAACAAGAACAGCUUGUGAGAUCAGAAUCAAAUGAUGAUAAUAAUAUUAAAAAAUCAUCAUCAAAAUUUCCCUUAACAUUUUUGGAAAUGGCGGGUGCAUCCGGCGUCGUUUUGUCUUUCGCCAUUGGUCUCGCCGGAGUUUACCUAACCCUGCCGGAUUCUGAUUAUAGCUUCCUUAAGCUUCCAAGAAGUCUUGAAGAUCUUCAUAUUCUCAGAGACCAUCUUGAAAAUUAUACAAGUGACUACACGAUGCAGGUUCUUGUGGGGUAUUGCACCGUCUACAUCUUUAUGCAGACAUUUAUGAUACCAGGAACCGUUUUUAUGUCUUUGCUUGCAGGAUCCCUUUUUGGGGUCCUAAAAGGUGUAGCUUUGGUAGUCUUUGCCGCCACAGCCGGUGCAUCUUCUUGCUACUUCCUAUCCAAAUUGAUAGGGCGGCCCCUUAUCUUGUCUCUCUGGCCCGAUAAACUUGUAUAUUUCCAGGAUCAGGUGGCAAAAAGGCGAAGUGGACUGCUCAAUUAUAUGCUUUUCUUAAGGGUGACUCCGACGUUGCCAAAUACGUUUAUUAAUGUUGCCUCUCCAAUUGUUAAUGUGCCGUAUCAUAUUUUCUUCUUGGCAACUUCCAUUGGCCUGAUUCCCGCAGCUUAUGUAACUGUCAGGGCUGGAAUAGCUCUUGGUGAACUACGGUCGGUUGGAGAUCUGUAUGACAUACAGUCUAUUGGCACCUUAUUUCUCAUAGGCCUAGUGUCCAUUACUCCUACAUUGAUAAGCAACAAGAACAAACCAUAGUGUUUCCUUGUUUCCAGUCCAUGACUAGGUAAAUUCAGUGUAAUUUCAGAACCCUCUUGGUGUCCUGGAAAUCUGUACAGAUCUAGCGACAAUAUGGAACUCAGGUUCUCUUUAAGAAGAUUUGGUGGUUAUCAAGGAACCUCGGGAAUACGAAAGGAUCCACAGAAUGUUUAAAGACUUGUGUUCUUCUGUGGUGAUGUUAAAUUUAGAUCUUUGUGAUGCAUCUUAGUUUAUAUGUGAAGACUUUAAAUCCUGAAAUGUUAAAAACUUCAGCUUUACAAUCA